AUGUACGACAUAAAAAAGGACAAGCCAUUUUACCAUACUUUAAGAACUUUAAUAUUUUCCUUACUUUACUCUACAAACCAUGAUAAGAAAUAUAUGAGGCGCUUCUUAGAAAAUACUGUUGGAGGAAUUAUUGUUUUUGUAGGAUUUUUUGUCGGAAUUUUUAUUCUCUGUCACGCAGGAGAGAAGAUAGCUCAGUUGGUGGAUUCUCCCAGGCAUAAACUGUUGCUAGAAAAGGGGUAA